AUGCCACUUUCGUUUGAUUGGCCAUUUCCAGAAAGACCAUCAAUAUUUUACAAGGCAGCUUCGACGUUAACCAUUGGUCUUGUUGGAUCACUUAGCAAAUUUUGGAUGAGAGCUACGAUGCCACUUCGUAUUUUUUGGAAUCGUCAUCGAAUGCGUUGGUCUUUGGGUGCUGAUGAUAUUGUAUUUACAAUGAGAAAACAUCAACUUUUUUUCAGUUUGGGUAAAACAAUACCAGUAACACGAGGUGAUGGUGUUUAUCAACAGCCUAUGGAUUUUGCUCUCAAACAAGUUAACCAAGGUGGAUGGAUACAUAUCUUUCCGGAAGGAAAAGUUAAUUUAACAAAAGAACCCAUGAGACUUAAGUGGGGUGUUGGUCGACUUAUUGCUGAAGCUAAUAUUUGUCCAUUGGUUGUUCCAUUCUAUCAUCUCGGAAUGGAUUCUGUAUUACCCAAUCAAGAGCCUUAUACCCUUCAAAUGCGGAAAAAAGUGAGUAUUUAUGUUGGUGAACCAUUAAUCUUCGAUGAGCUUGUACAAAGAAUGAAAAAAGAAAAUCGAUCACUGCAAGAAAUACGUAAAGCUGUAACUGAUAUAAUUCAACACGAAUUAUAUAAACUUAAGAUAAAAUGUGAAGAACUACAUCGACAUCAUCUAUCCAGCGAUUCUUCGUCGCCAUAG